CACCAGUUACAGUGUCCCUGAUCACCAUCACACCAAUCCCAAUGUUCCUAAUCAUUGCCACACCAGUCCCACAGCACCACCUGUCAGUGUCCAUCAGUGCCAGCUCUCAGUGCUCAUCCAUGCCACCUGCCAGUGCCACAUUUCAGUGCCCAUCAGUGCCACAUAUCAGUUCCACAUCAAUGCCACAUAUCAAGGCCCAUCUGAGCUGCCUUUCAGUGUCACCCAUCAGUGCCACCUAUCAGUGCUGCCAAUCAGUGCCACCUGUCAGUGCUGCCUAACAGUGUGCAUCAGUGCCGCCUAUUAGUGCCCGUGAGUGCUGCUUAUCAGUGCCGCCUAACAGUGCCAGUCAGUACCGCCUAUCAGUGUCAUAUAUGAGUGCUGUCUUUCAGUGCAUCAGUGAUGCCUGUCAAUGCCCAUCAGUG